UUUUCUGAAGUAGAUAUACGUUUUAAACGUUUUUAUUAUUGAUUUGUAAUAUUCUGAAGUCAUGAGUGCGAAAAAGUAUUUAAAAACAGUGCCUGCUCAACAACCAACGCAACCAGUAGCAAAAACGGAAAAGGAAGAGCAAUUGUGGAAUGCAUUAAAGCGUCAUAUCAUGAGAGAACGGGAACGGAAGAAACAAGAAUUAGAAGCUGAAGUUGAAGAGGAACGACUUCGCAAAGAACGAGAAGCUCGUGAAAAGCAAGACGUAAUGACUCUAGGAGAAACUAAAGAACAAAUCCAGAUGCUAGAAAAAACUCUCCAAGAAUUACGAAACGAAAAACAACAACUGUUCCUCCAGCUUAAAAAAGUAUUAAACGAAGAUGACAACCGCAAACGACAGAUGAAAGAAUCGGUGGAAAUGUUUGCUAUUCAUAACAUUCCACAGCAACAGAUUUUCCUUCCACAGCGCACCACAACCAACGUUCCUCCACACCAACAGCAUCUUAUCCAUAAGGCUAACCCGCCAGUUAAUGUGGUUAAGCGAACGCACAGUCCCUCUCCGCAAGGCUAUUACAAGCAGCCUAAUCCAUCUCAGCAGUAUGCACCCCCGCAAUCGCAAAAAAUCGAGGAGGGCAGACGAGGCCCGGGUGAAGUGGCCCGUGCCGUUCUGUGGAACAAAUCACAGUACUGCCCACCUGGAACAUUGUUCUAUCCGACUGGUGCACCUCCGCCACCAAACCCGCAGGACAAUCGACAGCCGCAGCAAACACAGAUAAUCUACCCUUAUCAGUCGAUUCCGAUUCGUCAACCUUGUCUUAUCGAGAUACCACCACAACAAGGGCAUCCACAGGCCCUUCAGAAGGCACCUGAAUUGGUGAAACCCGUCCCAGCAUCAGCUCCAGGGAACGUCUACCACAUCACGCUGGAUCAACAUGGAAAUCCGCAACCUGCGCCAAAUCCUGGUCCUCCUCCGCAAUUGAAGGCAAUAACGAUUGAGAAAAUACCCCAAGACCGAGGUGUGCCGUAUCAUAUUGAGUUGAAGCACGAUGAUCGCAAAGACAUGCGUCAGGCACAGCCCCCUCCACCACAACCGCCCCAACAAACAACCCAUCUGCCGGAGGGAAUUGUGUACACAUCGGCCAUGCGCCCAGGAGCAAUUCCGAUGCACGCAAUUGCAUCCAACCAGCAAAUGCCGAAAGGGGGCAGCAUCACGCAGGGCUACCCGCCAGUGCGACCGCCGCCGAUUGCAAAUCCCUCCCAACAGCAACCGACGCAGAUGCAUUAUCAGAGACAUCGUUAUUAGGUUGUAAUGUCAAUUUUUUGAGUUUUCAGUGGGUUUGACGAGCAGAGAAAAGGAUAUUUCACUGCAUUUUUUUUCUUCUAAUCAUCAAGUUUCAUUUCAGAAAAAUAAGCGCAUUUACAUUUCGAUGAACCCUGGUCAAUAUAGAUAUUUUGUUCUACAGACAUGUCGAGAUACUUAAGUGCAUAAGAUUGUGUUUGAUUGAAAUAGAUUCUCAAAAGUACGCUAAGGUUCUUUUUGCGCUGGACAUUCGCACGAAAUUUAAAAAAUCGAAUAUAAAAACUAUACGUUAAUUUUAGAAAAA